AUGCCUGCCUUCGUGCUUCUCCCGGCAUCUCCUUCUGACUUGGAGCGCAUUGCGCAACUUCAGUUUGAGUCCUUUGCCAGCGAUCAUGGCUUCCCGGUUAUUUUCCCCAAAGGUGCUUCCCCGACAUCCCUCACGCACUUUGUCCAUUCCUUUGAAAAUGAUAUGGAAAAUGAUCCUACGUGCUUCAUCAUGAUAGUCAAAGAAGCAAUGUCAAGCGUAAUUGUCAGCUACGCUGUGUGGCAUUUCUAUCCGCCGAAAUCGCAAGAUGAGAUCGACAUGGAGAUGUUGGUCGAAAACAUUCCACUCCCCGCGGAUGCAAACCAAGAAUUGGGGAACAGAUUGAUCCGUGAGAGCAUCAGAAAGAAGCAUGAAGUCGUGACGGCGGCGAUUGGACCUCAAAAGCCCUAUGCCUUCUUAGCUGCGCUGGGCACAAGUCCCCAAUAUCAGCGGCAAGGAGCAGCGUCCUUGUUGAUGACUUGGGGUGUGGAGAGAGCAGAUGACCGAGGCGUUGCUAUCUACGUAGAAGCAUCUCCCGACGCCUCCAGGCUAUAUGAGAAACACGGUUUCCAUGAAGUCAGCCGACUGAGGCUGGACAUGGCACCGUGGAAGGAAGGCGAUUAUUUCAAUACAUGUAUGAUCCGGGAGCCGACGACGAGCUGA